AUGCGUGCCACAAUAUUUAUAUUUUAUAUAAUGUUUUUUUUGCAAUACAUUUUAACUAAGGAAAGGUCUAAUAAACUACUUUUUGAUGCUUUUUUUAUAAAUAAUAUUUUUAAACAUAAUUCGACAAAAAACAUAUAUACCUUCAAAAAAAAAUAUAAAACAUUUUCAACAAAUAAUUCCAUAAAUAAAAUGGGAGAUAAUAACAACCCUUUUGUAGCAGUGUAUGUAACAACCCCAACCAAGGAAGUUGCAGAAUCGAUAUCUAAUAUAUUGUUAAAUGAGAAAUUAGCUAGCUGCAUAAAUAUAAUUCCCGGAAUACUUAGUCUAUAUCAUUGGAAAGGCGAAAUAGCGAAAGAUAACGAAUUCUUAAUGAUGAUUAAAACAAAAAAACAUUUAUUCGACCAAAUUGUGAAGACUGUAAAAUCAAAUCAUCCCUAUGAAGUGCCCGAGGUAAUCUCUGUCCCAAUCCAACAAGGAAGCAGUGACUAUCUAAAUUGGAUAUCGAAUUCGGUUAAACCUGAUGAAACUGACGAAAAAAAAUAA